AUGCUAGACAGCGAUGAGGAAUCCUUCACCGUCAUUUCCCUGCCCGUCUAUACUCCAGAACCACCAGCCGCCAGCUACGGAAAGAAGAACGGCAUGUGGUAUGGGGGCACCUCCACCGGUACUAGCGGGUGGGCACGCACAGGAGUCAGGAAGCAAUCGGUGGCAGAAUCCGACGCUCCGCCACCGGGGGGCGGGAAGCCGUCCAGCGGCCGCGUCAUCCGCAUCGUAAACAACAUGGACCACUCAAUACAGUGUCGAGUUUUACUAAACCUUCGUACUACACAGCCAUUCGAAGAAGUUUUAGAAGACUUGGGACAAGUUUUGAAAAUGAGUGGAGCGAAAAGAAUGUAUACAAUCACAGGACAGGAGGUAAGAAGUUUCUCGCAGCUCCGCAACGAAUUUGCAGACGUGGAAACUUUCUAUCUCGGCACCGUAAUGGUGCCUCCUGCCCUCAGUCCUGGAAUCAGCGCUCCGCUGCCGAUAGAAUCGCCCAUCCGAAGGUCGCGAUCACGAGCGACGGUGGCUUCGCUGCCGAUAUCGGAUGACACUAGGGGGCGCAGAGCGCGUAGCAAAAGCAGGCCACGGGUCCUAUACGCCCCUGAAGGGGAGAUAAUACGCAAUACAGACUAUACACUGCUGGAAGUGCUGAAAGAGGAACCGAUGCGCGUGACUAUAAGAGGUCUUCGGCGCACUUUUUACCCACCCAUCCACCACGCACCCAUUGAUAACUCACCGCCCGAAAAGAAAUUGCAGCUAGAUUGGGUCUACGGUUACAGAGGUGCCGACUCCCGCCGAAACCUUUGGGUGCUUCCAACAGGUGAGCUACUCUACUACGUGGCGGCCGUGGCCGUCAUGUAUGACCGGGAUGAAGAUUCGCAGCGUCACUACACCGGUCACACCGAAGAUAUACAAUGUAUGGAACUGCACCCGUCCCGUGAGCUGGUCGCCAGCGGGCAGCGUGCCGGGAGGGGGAGGAGGGCGCAGGCCCACGUUCGAAUCUGGAGCGCGGACACGCUGCAAACGCUGCACGUGUUCGGCAUGGCCGAAUUCGAGGCGGGCGUGUCUGCCGUGGCCUUCUCGCAGCUGAACGGCGGCAGUUACGUCCUAGCAGUGGACGCCGGAAGAGAGAGCAUCCUCUCGGUAUGGCAAUGGCAGUGGGGGCAUUUGCUCGGAAAAGUCGCCACAUUACAAGAGGAGCUAACGGGUGCUGCGUUCCACCCUCUCGAUGACAACCUUCUAAUUACCCACGGUAAAGGCCAUCUGGCCUUCUGGAACCGACGCAAGGAUGGCUUUUUCGAACGCACUGACAUAAUAAAGCCGCCGUCGCGCACGAACAUCACGGCGCUUCAGUUCGAGCAGGAUGGCGACGUGGUGACGGCGGACAGUGACGGUUUCAUAACGGUGUACAGCGUGGACAGCGACGGCGCUUACUUCGUGCGUAUGGAGUUCGAGGCUCAUAUAAAGGGCAUCAGUUCCUUGGUAAUGCUCUCUGAGGGUACCUUAAUCUCUGGAGGGGAGAAAGACAGGAAGAUAGCGGCUUGGGAUACUUUACAGAACUAUAAACGGAUAACCGAAACCAAGUUGCCUGAUUCGGCUGGGGGCGUUCGAAGCAUUUAUCCCCAAAGACCUGGCCGGAAUGACGGCAACUUGUACGUCGGCACAACCAGAAACAACAUCAUGGAGGGAUCACUACAAAGGAGAUUUAAUCAGGUCGUUUUCGGACAUCACAAGCCCCUAAUGGGCUUAGCUGUUCAUCCGGACGACGAGAUGUUCGCCACUGCGGGCAAUGACAAGAAUAUCGCUCUCUGGAAAGGACACAAGCUUCUGUUCGCGACACAGGUGGGGUAUGAAUGCGUGUCCUUGGCGUGGCACCCAAGCGGUGGGGCGCUGGCGUCUGGCAGCACCGAGGGCCACUUGGUGGUGCUGAACGCAGAUGCCGGGACGCAUGUUGCCACGCUCAGGGUAUGCGGGUCCCCGCUCAACUGCCUCCAGUACAAUACGGCCGGCGACACCCUGGCCAUUGGAUCGCAGAAUGGCAGCAUUUAUCUAUUCCGUGUGUCGCGUGAUGGGUUCGCUUACAAGAAACUAAACAAGAUCCGCGGCGCACAACCGCUGGUCCAGCUCGAUUGGAGCCUUGAUGGCAAUUACCUGCAGACGGUUACCGCCGAUUAUGAUCUGUCGUUCUGGGACAUCAAAGCUUUAUCGCCGGAGAAAAGUCCGAUAGCGAUGAAGGACGUGAAAUGGUAUACCUACAACUCCACCGUUGGUUUCCUCGUGUCAGGAAUGUGGAAUAACCGAUUUUAUCCGAUGACGUCACUGAUUACUACAGCGAGCCGAUCUUCUGCACACGAUCUGUUAAUUAGCGGCGACUCCGAUGGGCACUUGCGUAUAUUUAGAUACCCUUGCGCGAGCCCGAAAGCGGAGUACAACGAGGUGAAGGUGUACACGGGCUCCGUGUACUGCGCGCGGUUCCUGUUCAACGACCGAUGCCUCGUCAGCUCGGGCGGUGUCGACGCCGCCCUGAUGCUGUGGGAACUCGUGGACGAU